AUUUAUUAAUCAUAUAUGAUUCAACGGGAGUAUCAAAUGAACAACGGGUUUAGUACAGGAGAAGAAGAUUCUAGAGGUAAUUCAGACCAAAUAUGUUGCCUUGUGGAUGACGGUGAUCGGUGCAGACGGUCAGCGGGCAACGCUUCGUACAGCAAGCGCAUACAGAAGACUGUCGCACUCAGGAGGCUCAAACUUAAUAUCGACGGUCAGGCUAGGCACACAUACAUCUGUGACUUCCAUAAGGCGAUGAUACAGUGUGCUAGGACGAAACAGAGAAGGCCUAAAGACUCUGAGGAUGAUAGCAAUGAAGCUGAGAUGGACUCCCCUGAAGUGGAUUGGUUUCAGCUGCAGGUGAACACCCUGAGGAGGUACAAGAGGCAUUACAAGGUGUCCACCAGGCCAGGACUGAACAAGGCUCAAUUAGCUGAUGCUAUCCAGAAACACUUCAAGUCAUUGCCAGUCAAUGAGAAAGAGAUCAUGACUUACUUCAUCUAUAUGGUGAAAACAAAUGGCAACAAAUUAGAUCAGAAGAAUGGAAUGAACUCAGACUCUGUGUAAAUAAAUUAUGUGUUUGUGACUCUCAUGUAUAGAAUAUGAAGUGUGUAGUGUCAAUAUAGCAUAAGUAUAAGAGAUAACUGCCAUGUUUGGUGGUGCAUUCUUUUUCAAUCUGCAUUCUACAAUGACACAAUUAUAGAUAUAUAGAUUGAGAAUCUACAUGAGUGAUUUUGAAGUAUAUUACUUCAUGCCAAAUAAAGAUAACAGAAUGCAAUGAAUUUUGAGAAUGUUGUGGACUGUAUAAAUGAUCUUUCACUUAGUUGUGCUGCAAGUGUCCCUUAGUUUUGACGGAGUACUAUUUAUUUCCUCUUAGACUAAGUAGAGAUUUUUUGUUGUAUAAAAAUGCAGUGUCAAGAUAUAAUGAUUGUUAUUUGAUGAGGGAUAUGCAAUGCUAAUAUAAUAUUGUUAAGGAGAUU